UUGACACGCCGGAGCGGAACGAGUUGGGUGUUUUUGCUGCUGACUUCGCAGUCUUGGCGGCGGCAGCGAGUAACGUGGAGCUGCUCGGUUUCGUCCGCUGACAUCUGCACGCCUCCGGUUUGAGGGCGACACACGACGACAACCGCCGCGGCCUCGCAAAGACGCCCGGACUCAUGUGAGCGUUCGACGAGGAUUUUCUCUCCCCGGAGCUGGCUGCCAUGAGGGGGCGCUGUUCACGCAAACUGGGCGUGCUGGCCAAGUUGUUCUUCCUGCUGUGGGUGCUGUGGCUGGGCUAUAUCCUACUCGUCCUCUCCCCCUCCCCCUCUUCGUCGGCGUCCUCCCGCGACACGCUUGAGCCGGAGCCUCGGAAACGCGACGUCUCCGAGCCGGCCGACGGGAAGCCGGCCGCGCCCGUCUACGCCAAGCCGCCGGCGGACGACGACGCCCCGGGAGAGUGGGGCCGGGCGGCGAACCCCGACCUGAGUCCGGAGGAGAAGACGCAAGCGCAGGACAGCGUGGAGCGCUACGCCAUCAACAUCUUCGUCAGCGACAAGAUUUCCCUCCACAGACACAUCAAAGACAGCAGGAUGCCCGCGUGCCGCAGUAAGCAGUUCGACUACCGCCGUUUGCCCACCACCUCGGUCAUCAUCACGUUCUACAACGAGGCCUGGUCCACGCUGCUCAGGACCAUCCACAGCGUCCUGGAGAGCACGCCCGCCGUCCUGCUCAAGGAGGUGAUCCUGGUCGACGACUACAGCGACAGAGGCUACCUGAAAACCAAGCUGGCAGAAUACCUCAGCAACCUGCAGCGCGUCCGUCUCAUCCGCACCACCAAGCGCGAGGGCCUGGUCCGGGCCCGCCUCAUCGGCGCCGGCUUCGCCACCGGCGACGUGCUCACCUUCCUGGACUGCCACUGCGAGUGCGUCCCCGGCUGGAUCGAGCCCCUGCUCGAGAGGAUCGGGCAGAACCCCAACACCAUCGUGUGUCCCGUCAUCGACACCAUCGACUGGAACACCUUUGAGUUUUACAUGCAGAUGGAGGAGCCCAUGAUCGGAGGCUUCGACUGGAGGCUCACCUUCCAGUGGCACGCCGUGCCCGAGCGGGAACGCCAGCGCCGCAAGUCGCCCAGUGAACCCCUCAGGUCGCCGACUAUGGCGGGCGGCUUAUUUGCGGUCAGCAAGGCCUACUUCGAGCACCUGGGCACUUACGACACGGGCAUGGAGGUGUGGGGCGGGGAGAACUUGGAGCUAUCCUUUCGGGUGUGGCAGUGCGGCGGCAGCCUGGAGAUCCACCCGUGCUCCCACGUGGGCCACGUCUUCCCCAAGAAGGCGCCGUACGCUCGGCCCAACUUCCUGCAGAACACGGUGCGGGCGGCCGAGGUGUGGAUGGACGACUACAAGCAGCACUUCUACAAAAGGAACCCGCCCGCCCAAAAGGAGAACUACGGCGACAUCUCAGAGCGCCUGCAGCUCCGAGAGAGGCUGAAGUGCAACUCGUUCCAUUGGUACCUGACCAACAUCUACCCGGACCUGCACGUGCCCGAGGACAGGGAGGGCUGGCACGGAGCUGUGCGCAGCUCGGGAAUCCACUCGGAGUGUCUGGACUACAACGCGCCGGAUCACAAUCCCACGGACUCGCACCUCUCGCUGUUUGGCUGCCACGGCCAGGGAGGCAACCAGUACUUUGAGUACACGUCCCGGAAGGAAAUCCGCUUCAACUCGGUGACGGAGCUGUGCGCCGAGGUGGCCGAGGGCCAGACGGCCGUGGGCAUGAGGCACUGCCCCGGCGACCGCGACGCCGCGCCGGCCUCCGUCUUGUGGGAGUUCAGAGAUGACAAAAGCAUCUACCACCCUCAAUCGGACAAGUGCGUCACGGCCUACCGCACUCCCGAGGGCCGCGCCGACGUCCAGAUGAGGCCCUGCGACACCCUCGAUCGAAACCAGCAGUGGAAGUUUGAGUGGUAGAGUGCAAUGCCGCAACACUAAGUGACCUUCUUUCUUCUUUUUUUUUUUGUCUCUCUCUCUCUGGGGGAAAAACUAUCGAGGGAAAUUGAAGGAUCGGCCCACGUUUAGUGUUUUUUUUUUUCUGCCCACGUGUGCUGCAGAGAGAUCGACGAUGCUGACUUUUAGCCGUCGUGUAGCAUUUAAGUGCCUCUGGAAAACUGAGUUUUAAAAAUAAAAUAUCUGUAAGUACAUAUCAUGAAAUGUGCGCAGACUCGCCUCAACCACUCCAAACCAACAGGGGGCAGCGUGAGGCUAACAUUUCUUCCUGUGUACCUUACAUUGACAAAAUAGGAUUUUAAAAGCAAAAAUAACAAAUGAAAUGUUUAAAUAAAAAAAGCAAUAAGAUAUUUUCAAAUGAAAAUAUCAUAUUUUUAACACGCUAGCAUAUUCGUGACAACCCCUUCGAUCCUUACUAAUUGGUAUUGUCCAAGCCACGUACUCCCGGGGCCUUUUUCGAGCAACGUGAAGGCGGUUCUGGCCCAAAGUCUCGCGAGGGCAAGCAGAAACACUGACCAAACGACACUUUUAUUGUAAACAAGUGCAAUUUUCCCUACGAGAAUGUUCGGAAUUUUCCGGACUAAAUCUUUGUGCCUUUGUGAAAGGAGAUUUCAUGCAUUUUAAAUGUGAUUAAAUGAAGGAGAACAACACCACUGUCGGAUGACUUUAGUCGUUGUUUGACUUUAAACUUGCCUCUGCUGGAUGUUUUCAUGAAGACUGACUGUACUUGAAGUAGAUUUAAAAAAAAAAAAUGGAGAAAUGUCAGAUGUUUUGUGUCUUGAAAUAUUGUCGUCGGAUUUGCGGGACAAAGUUGAUGUAAGCACUCCUGAAACUACUGAUUCGAUGCAGGGAUCACUCGAUUUGAAGGAAAUGAAUUAAAAACUUAAAUGAUU